AUGGUGGGUGUGCUUGUGAAGGAGUUCGCGAACGGCGUGAUGUUGCCUGCGGUGAGUCUGGGUUGUUGGCAAUUGUACGGGGACGCGCCGAGUACGCCGGUGGCGGUAGAGGCGGCGCUGAAGGGGGGGUAUUACGCGCUGGAUGAUGCACAGUGUUACAACAAUGAGCACGUGACGGGUCCGAUAGUGGCGAAGUUUGGUAAGGAGGAGAUGAAGAAGGCGUCUAAGUUCGACCCGUCGGCGGAGGGGACGCCGUUUAAGGUGGUGUCGGAGGCGGAGUACUUUGGGUCGUUUGAGAAGCCACAUGGUAAGCCAACUGACGACCGCGCGGUGUUCGUUACCACGAAGAUUUGGUGCUCCAACUUCGACCCGGCGGGAAUCAGAAAGCAGGUGGAGCAGCACCUGAAAGACUUCCAGCGAUCCUCAAUCGACUUGUUGUUGCUUCACUGGCCGGGCAACCACGUGGCCUGGUGCCAGGACGAGAGCAUGAUGAAGGACCCGAAGAACGCGGAGACGCGUCUUACUUGCUGGAAGACCUUCGAGGAGCUGUAUGCGGAGGGUAAGGUACGCGCCAUCGGUUUAAGCAACUACAUGGUUCAGCACCUCCUGCCUCUCGUCGAAGACAUCAAGAAGAGAAAAGAUGCCGGAUGCCCGAAGGCUCGCAUGCCCUUCGUCAACCAGAUCGAGAUCUCCGCAUUCUGCCAAGUACCGGAGGCACUCGAGAAGCUCUGCAAGGAAUACGACAUAACCUUUACCUCAUACAGCUCACUCGGCAGCGCUAAGGCAGUCCAAGAAAAUAUUUCAGACAAGGCCAUACAAACCAUCGCCGACAAACAUAAGGUCUCUCCUGCCAAUGUACUCAUCCGCUGGUGCAUGCAGAAAGGCUAUACCGUACUGCCCAGGUCGAAACAUCCCGAACGCGUACAGGCAAACUAUGGACCCACUCUCACCUUUGCGCUCGACCAAGACGAUAUGAAUGCAAUCAACAAAAUGAACCUAGAUCGCAGAACGGGAUCUAACCCCCACGAUAUUGCUUAG